CACACGCUCCCCCAUCCGGCGCAGAGUGGACGCGGCUCGGCUUAAAUCUUCUGACGUGUUUUGCGCAUUUCCUGAACUGGCGCUCGGGAGCAGGGAGGGAGAGAGCAGGGAGGAAGGCUGCAGGAAACCAGUGCACUACAAACCAUUACAAACCUUAAAGCUGUAAUAGUGUCCUUUUCAAACCAACAAAGACAAGCAGCGGCUCAAUUUAUCGGCGAGUGGAUGACAGUAGUCUCGAGCAGACUGAGAAUGAGGAUUCCCAAACGCCUCUCCCACAUAGCGCCUGCUGGAAAACGAAAACGAGAAGACUGAGGACCAUCACGUUUUGGAUAUUUUCCUCCGUGUUAUAGCCUAUACGUUGGGGUUGGGACUCUAUCGCACAGUAUUUCCUUAUCAACCGAGCGCUGUUCAGACGUAGGGAAUUUCGCGUGUUUACGUAUGGUUCCCAUCACAAGGAAAGACGGUAAACAAAAACAGGAUCACUGAAACGUCUGGUUUUAGCAUUUCGCCUUUUGAACGCUUUAAUUCUUUGCUCAAAUGAAUAAUUCAAGUUGAUACGUUUGGUUUUAGACUCAAAUCUCAUCUAGUGCUCGGGGAUUAAGUCAUCAGCAUCCGUCUAUACAUGCAUGUAUGCAUAUUGAUGGCGUGAUGGCAUCGACGGGUGUAACGACGCCCUGAAUUGCAAUCAGCAUUUGAACCCGCUUGAUUUCGCAAAGAAAGCCAUUUGCAUUGCACUUCAGCGUCAUCAUGGUGGUUUUUAAUGGAGUGUUGAAGAUCAAGGUUUGUGAGGCUCUAAACCUGAAGCCCACAGCUUGGUCACUCCGGCACGCCGUCGGACCAAAGACCCAAACCUUCCUACUGGACACGUACAUCGCCCUUAACGUGGAUGAUUCCCGCGUGGGCCAAACUUCAACCAAGCAAAAGACCAACAGUCCAGCCUGGCAUGAUGAGUUCGUCACUGAGGUGUAUGAUGGCAAGAAAAUUGAAUUGUCGGUCUUUCAUGAUGCGCCAAUUGGCUACGAUGACUUUGUGGCCAACUGCACUAUUCAGUUUGAAGACCUGCUGCAGAAUGGAAGUAGACACUUUGAAGACUGGAUUGACCUGGAGCCAGAGGGCAAAGUUUACGUCAUCAUUGAUCUGUCAGGAUCUUCCAGUGAAGCUGCGACAUCCAAUGAAAAUGAGGAGAGAGUCUUUCGAGAGCGGAUGCGGCCGCGGAAAAGGCAGGGGGCGGUCCGGAGGCGUGUCCAUCAGGUUAACGGACACAAGUUCAUGGCCACUUACCUGAGACAGCCCACCUACUGUUCCCAUUGCAGGGAUUUCAUCUGGGGUGUGUUGGGAAAACAGGGUUAUCAGUGUCAGGUGUGUACCUGCGUGGUCCAUAAGAGAUGCCACGAACUCAUUAUAACAAAAUGUGCUGGCUUGAAGAAACAGGAAGACACUCCUGAAGAGGUCGGCUCCCAACGUUUCAGUGUAAACAUUCCACACAUGUUCAGCAUUCACAAUUACAAAGUCCCCACCUUCUGCGACCACUGCGGCUCUUUGCUUUGGGGACUGAUGCGGCAGGGACUGCAAUGCAAAGCUUGUAAAAUGAAUGUCCAUCGGCGCUGUGAAAGUAAUGUAGCUCCUAGCUGUGGUGUUGAUGCCAGAAAAAUUGCUAAAGUGCUGUCUGAUCUCGGAGUGACGCCAGACAAGAUCUCCAACACUACACAACGCAGAAAAAAGCUGACCCCAGGGCAGGACCCUCAACAACCAAUAUCAGAAGCCCUCUCAACAGAGGAUUUGGACCGCUGCAAAUCGGCUCCAACUUCACCAUGCGACCAAGCAGAACUGGAGAGCAUUCGUAAGGCUUUGUCAUUUGGCCAGGAGCACAAGUCUUCCUCCUCUUCCUCCGGCAUUCAGAGCGCUGCUAUCGAGGGCCAGGAGAAUGGAGAUGUGAAGACUGUCCAGACGAAGAGGAUGACUCUGGCAAACUUCUCCUUCAUCAAAGUGCUGGGAAAAGGUAGCUUCGGCAAGGUGAUGUUGGCAGAGCUGAAGGGUACAGAUGAAGUUUAUGCUGUGAAGGUGCUGAAGAAAGACGUCAUCUUGCAAGAUGAUGAUGUGGACUGCACUUUGACUGAGAAACGAAUUCUGGCCCUGGCAAGAAAGCAUCCUUAUCUCACCCAACUGUUUUGCUGCUUCCAGACAAAGGAUCGGUUGUUCUUUGUUAUGGAGUAUGUGAAUGGAGGAGACCUGAUGUUUCAGAUCCAGCGCUCGCGGAAGUUUGAUGAAGCUCGAUCUCGCUUCUACGCAGCCGAGGUGACAUCAGCUCUUAUGUUCCUGCAUCAACACGGUGUCAUAUACAGAGAUCUGAAGCUGGAUAACAUUCUGUUAGAUGCCGAGGGCCACUGUAAACUUGCAGACUUCGGCAUGUGCAAGGAGGGCAUUCUGAACGGGGUCACAACCACCACUUUCUGUGGGACCCCUGACUACAUUGCACCUGAGAUCCUGCAGGAGUUGGAGUACGGACCUUCGGUGGAUUGGUGGGCUCUGGGCGUGCUAAUGUACGAGAUGAUGGCCGGUCAACCGCCAUUUGAAGCUGACAAUGAAGAUGACCUGUUUGAAUCCAUCCUACAUGACGAUGUGCUUUAUCCCGUGUGGCUCAGUAAAGAGGCAGUCAGCAUUCUGAAAGCCUUUAUGACCAAGAGCCCAAUUAAGCGUCUGGGCUGUGUGGUGACCCAGGGGUUGGAGGAGGCAAUCAAAGUCCACCCCUUCUUCAGAGAGAUCGACUGGGUCCUGCUGGAGCAGAGGAAAAUCAAACCGCCGUUUAAACCCCGUAUUAAAACCAAGCGUGAUGUGAAUAACUUCGAUCAGGACUUUACUCGCGAAGACCCCGUGCUCACGCCGGUGGACGACGCUAUCAUCAAACAAAUCAACCAGGAUGAAUUCAAGGGAUUUUCCUACUUUGGAGAAGAAACCUUGUCUUAAAGCCCAACCUGGCACCGUUCAGUCCGAUUCCAAAAAGUCAAUUGCACCUGUAGACACUCAGAAACCCACGUCAUCACGCAAUACAUGAACACACACUCAAAUCAGAACAGGAGGCCCAGAUAUCGGUUCUCCUUUACUGCUGUCUUCAUCUUUCUUUUCUGUAUCUUAAAAA